GAAACUUCCUUUAACGCGUAAAAGAAAAACAGAACCAAAAGCAACAGUCUUUACUUCUUCGAAAACAAGAAAAUCUCUUUGUUUUUCUCUCUCUCAAUUCUCUCUUUCAAGAACUUGAUCGUUGUGUUUGUUUCUGGAAACAUGAAGAGAGUUUUUGGUGUAAAAAAAGAUAAAGAACCACCACCUUCAAUUCAAGAUUCAUCAGAUAGGAUUAAUAAGAGAGGUGAAACAGUAGAUGAGAAGAUCAAGAAGCUUGAUGCAGAACUUGCUAGGUAUAAAGAACAGAUCAAGAAUACAAGACCUGGACCUGCUCAAGAGGCUGUUAAAUCUAGAGCUAUGAGGGUUCUUAAGCAGAAGAGAAUGUAUGAAGGACAGCGUGACAUGCUUUAUAAUCAGACGUUCAACCUUGAUCAAGUUGCAUUUGCUUCUGAAGGAAUUAAAGAUGCUCAACAAACUGUGUCAGCUUUGAAAUCCGCCAACAAGGAAUUGAAAGGAAUGAUGAAAACUGUGAAGAUUCAAGAUAUUGAUAACUUGCAAGAUGAGAUGAUGGACUUGAUGGAUGUUAGCAGUGAAAUUCAAGAGACCUUGGGUAGAAGCUACAGCGUGCCAGAUGAUAUUGAUGAGGAAGAUCUCAUGGGUGAACUUGAUGCUUUGGAAGCAGACAUGGCAAUGGAAACUGAAUCUGACGGGGUGCCUUCUUAUCUGCAACCUGAUAAGGAACCUGAUUUUGAUUCAGAACUGAACUUGCCUUCGGCACCCACAGGACAUGCAGCACCAGCUGGUAGAGCCAAUAAUCAGGCUGAGGAUGAACUGGGCUUACCUGCUGUCCCUCGGGCAUCUCUUCGUGGUUAGGCAGUUUCUUUUGUGAUCCCUGUGAAUGUAAUUAAAACUUGGAAGAACUGUAUGGUGCACCCUUGUAAACGUGCAUAUUUACCAUGAUUGAUAGGGUGAUUUAAUUGGUGUUUGGAGGGCUUUAGUCCUUGCAAUGAUUUAAUAAUAAGUACUGUGAAUACAUUUUGUGAAAAGGGAUACCUCUGAACAGUUUGGCGAUUGGAAUCUCCAAGGUUAGAUAUGUAAUGAAGUUGAAAUUUUUUACA